UCGCAUUAGUCUUCAACGUGGGGAAGAAUACAAUUGCAUUAAAGCAAAUAUUAAAUAUGAGGAAUAUGCUUCUUGGGGAAUCCGCAAUGUGAAUUUAAUGUGUGGAAACAUGUCAACUCCAAAAUAACUCAAAUUUCGUUAGAUUUGUUGGAUGUGGAUAAGUUUUAGAAAAAUCUAUAUUUUAGUAUAGUUUUCAUCUAGAACGGUCUUGGGUCUGCAUCAUUUUUAUUCAGUCAUAUUGGGAAUCAAAGUAAUUGUUAACGUUAAACUUAGUGUAUUAAAUUAGUCUAUCAUCCGGCCAGGAGGGGUUGUGAUACAGAAAAAAGAACACCACUAGGUAUAACGCAUGGUGUUCGUAUCCUAUGCUAGCUGAUUAUAAGACGCGAACAAAAAGAAAAGUAGGGAUUACUGGAGAGAAGAGAAAAUACAAGUUAUCUAUUUUUUUAGCUCCCAGGGAGAUUGGAAAUUGGUCAAUUAUACAGCGAUUAGCCAUGCUACUAACAGUACAGAAUGUUUUACAGAAAUUUUUAUCUGCAGUGUAUGUUCUGGCAGGUGGUAUGAAAAUAUAUCCACCAACUGAUACAAUGAAGAUAGACAUGAAUAAAACUUUUAAGAAAUUUGCCGAAGUUUGUCCCAUGGUGUUAGUUGGAUAUCAACCUUCUGUGGUUUCAUACAGAGUAUCACUGGGUUGGGUGGAACUACUUUUAGGGAUAGGCCUGCUACUUGGACCGAAACCUGUUCAGAAGGUCAGCUGCGGUGUCUUACUUAUAAUUAUGGCGGGAGCUGUUCAAACUAUGAUAUCGUUAAAAGAAUACACCCAGGUUGUAGUUCCAGGAAGUUUAUUCAUCGCUCUACUGUAUUACUACAAGUGCCUAUCUACUCCGGAAAACAAGAAAAUCCAGUAAAACUAUGAUUUGAUUCGUUUUAGGAACUAACAAUGAUCAAGAAGAGUACUGACCUUAUAUGCAUUGGGUUAUAUAAGUUUACUUUUAAAAAUAUAUAUGCUCUUUGUGUGAUUAUGUGCCAUAUAUGUAGUUAUAUUGAGAUAGACACUCAUUUCAUCAUGGUCAAUAGUUGCCAUUAAUUGUAAAAUAUAUAUUCCAAAAUUUAUAAAUCACUGUAAUUUGAAAUCGGGUUAAAGCGUUUGUACAUAAAACAUGCAGGGUGUCAAUAUAUGGACAUUUUCAACCUUUUUCGGAUGGGACGGGGCUUUGGCUAGAAUCCGCUACUGCUUAAAAGUAGAAAAUGUCAGCAACAUUUUGACACAUGUGCAGACCUCUGUGUUUGUAUUAUGUUAGAUUUUUAACAUCACCGGUGUGAUUUCGGGGAAAUUAUGCCUUGAUAGCGGUAUUUUAGCCUACUCCAAAUCGAAUUCCAACGAGAACAGGGUGGACCUGCGUUUAUCGUCAUGCACAACUGAUAAGAGGAAAUCAAGCAGUGAAAUUCCGUGGAAUAACACGGGUAUGGAACCUGGGACCUCCGGUUAGUGAACCAGCGUCACACCCAUUGAGCCACCGUGGCUUCCGGAAAAUAAAAGACUAGUAGUCUAGGCGUAGUCUACCACUAGCUGCAUGCCUUUCGCCACAUCAUUGAUUUGAUGUGCCGAUUAUCCACGAGGGUGGUGGCGGCUUCAUGACGUUCAUAUAUUUCUUCAUUCAGAUCUUUGUAUUAACAGUGUCGAUGCUAAAUUUCUAAACCAUAUGGGCAGCAUUUCUUAUUGGGCCUAGACGCAAUUCUUUUGAAUAAAAUAUGUCAUAAGUAAUGGUAACUGUACAACCAAGAUUAUAAAACCAACAAGAAAAGAAUAAUGUCGGCGUUGUUAAUUGUGGUGACACAUAAACUCUUGGUCUUUUACACGUAGGCCUACAUGGGCUUUUAGUCUGGUUGCAAGGGCAGGUCAUAAUGAAUCCAGACAGAUUGAUGAACACAUAAUCGAUUAUAUCUCAAUCGGUUUUAUCUUCGGACGUAAAUGUGUUUCAGAAAUAAAGAUUUUCAUCUCAAGAAAACAAAUCAACACAUAAAUUUAAUCAAAUCGACACUUUCAUUUUGACAAAGAGAAUCAUGUAUAUGUGUAAACGGAAUAUAAAUCGAUGUAAACAUUCGAAUAUAAUUGCAUGACUCAUAUUAAUUUACAUGUAUAUGAGCGUUAGCCUUUAGCAAAUUACCGUUAUCAAUCAGUGUUUUGACUAACCAUACCACAAAUUGAAAAUAGAUAUAGAUAUGAGUGUAACCCAUGUACUUAUGUAAAUAUAUCAAACACCUGAACGAGUCUCCGCUCCUUAAACAGAAAAAAAUAAGUUUGAUUGUUGUGAUAUAUUUUAUUAGUAUCAUGACAUACGUUAUUCACAUCAAAAUCAAUAACUUGAUUGACAGUUCAACAAAAAGGCCUUAUUGUGUAAAUACUGUGUGACGUUUGCUUUUUACACAAUAGAUACCCCUCGCAACAACACCCCGUAAAAGGCAUUUGUUAAAAGGAUCCUUGUUGACGGUACGUUGCGAAGUGAGUUGUAUUUAAUUGGAAGGAAAUACUGUACUGUGGUUGUCAGUUUGACUAUAAAGACAAUAACCCAAUCUGAAACUGAUUUCCCAUUCAAUAUGAUGAUUUUCUGAUGUAAGUAACCCGUCAACAAAACAAGUGAAUUCCGGGGAACAUAUUUUAGUUAUACUCUGUUACAAACUCUUUUUAAAGUUCACUUUUCCAAUCAAAACAACCAAACAUGCUUGGUUAUUAUAGCAGUUCGCCAUAUUUAUCAAAUAUGGUCACAUACCAUAGUGCCCCAACGACCCAUUACACAUACCAAAACGUGGGCACAUCUGUGGAGUACCACACUCGACCAACUGGUGUACAGUAUGCGAUUUCACCAGCAGAAGUGGAAUACUCGCGAGAACCAGUUGCAGUAGUCUAUGCCACCACGCCUAGAUCAGUCACCUACCGACAAGACCCAGUUGCUGUCACCUACCAGACGACGCCACACUACACGACCUUCGCCGGACCACCAACCACAGUGACCUAUCACUCUGCACCUGGAGCUGUAGCUUACCAAUCAUUCAUAUAGCUGGAUUAAGCAAAUUUCGAUAUCCUGAAAACAAACUUAAGGAGGGGGGGGGGGCAUAUGCCCGGGGCGACACUUCUUGGGAGGGGGCGGGGGUGGACAAAUUAUCUAAGUGCAUACUGGCUUCCCCGUAAUCUAUGUAAACCAGUUCAUAUUUCAGCAAAUAGAGAGGGUAGAAUUAUGAUUUUUCCAAGACAAAUUAUAGGGUUUUUCGAUCAAAUGGAGAGUGGAAGGAUAAAUAAACAUAAACCUUUUACACAGAAGUUGAUUUAAUAAAUAGUUAUUUAGAUAAAGUGUUAAAAGUAUAGAAAUUGUAUUUUAAAAUUUCUUUAGCCAUAAAAAAUCAACUGAGCACAGGCACUGUACAAAGCAGUUACAGUAUGCCAUGAUAGGGUGGGGCGCUUCACUGAAACUUUUGUCCUGGGGCGCCACAUAGACUUAUGAGGGUCCUGCUUUCAUUACUUUCAUCUAGAUUAGUUUGUCAUUUAGUCCAGACCUAAUGGAGAACAGAACAUAAGAUUGUUUUUUAAUACAUUUAAAGUGAUUAUAUUGUUGAAUUUGUAGCUAAAGUUAACGAAAUAUUUUAGAUGUAUUCGUUGUAUUAAAAUUUCUCCAUGGUUAUCAGCAAAGAUCACACUUAAAAAAGGCCAUAUAUUAUUUAAGAUAAUAAUACUAAUGAUAAUAGUAGCAUAAGUUUAGUCACAUUUACUUUCUGUCAAAAAUGAUAUCAAAAGCAAAAUGGUCCAAAUGUCAAUGUAUAAUUGUGUUGUGUAUAAAUGGCGCGGGGUCCAAACCGAAAACACUUGUUGGCGAUAUAACCCAAGGUGGAAGCGGACGUUAAGCCUUAAGAACGAACGAACAAACCGAUGGCAGACAGUGCCGGAUUGUGACAUAGGCUAUAGGGCCUGCAACCCACGGGCCAGCUAGUGGGCCUCUAGAAAUUAAGAGAAAUUUCAUUAUGGAUGCUGAAUCAAAAUAUAAGUAUUCUAAAUUAUUUUUAAAGAGGUUUUAAUAUGCUGUGUAUGUAUAUGUAUAUAUAUAUAUAUAUAUAUAUAUAUAAAUUUCUGAAGUCUUCGUUGAACUGGUUGUUAACUGGAUAUUAAUCAAUCACGUCAAACCAUCGGCUAUUUUAUAGAAAAUAAGACGCUCGUGUUCGCAGUGCUUACAAUUACAACUAUUAAACUCAAGAUUUUAUAUAUAAGAGGCCGUGUGUGUGUUGUUAACUUUGUUAAUAUUUAGAGUUUUUACUUAUAUUUUGUAUAUUAUUUUCUUUUAAAUGUAUAUAGUAUACCAUAUUAUAUGAGUUUUGCUACAUUUAAAGUGUUGAAUAUAAGUAUGAUGCGAGAGAUACUUCGGCGCAAUCACUAUUAACUGCAGUAGAGUUACCUGAAUACGAGUCUACCAGAUUAAUGCAUGUAUGCUUAUCUUUGGUCGCAACCAAUGAAAAGCACCAGUAUAUUGUUAGACAAACAAAUGUAUUUCAGUAAUUUAGUAGUAGUGUUCAUACUUGACAGUUGUGAAUAUGACAUUAAAGCAAUCUGUGAUAUUAAUACCAGUCUGUGUACGUUAUUCCUAGAAAAGGGUUAAUACCUAGUUGUUGUAUCUUCUUCAGAAUAAAGUGUAUCCUGCACAAUCA